AUGUCCAGUAACCAAGGACACUUGGCAUCGACACAUGCCGAUGCCGUUGUAGCUUUGGCCCUUUUGAAGAAGGCGUUGGCAUCUCCUCCUUCGAUUGGGGCACCGCCCACUGUUACACACCUUUGUAAAAAGCCAAGAAAACAAAAAUCUGGAAACAAAAUCUCCGCAUCAGUCUUUCGCCCUCAUAUUCUUGUGUGUGACCGCUUACGUCUAUGGUCCGCACCACACUCAGACUCCUUCCACCUUUCAGCCUUAAAACAAUUGCCUCUAAACGACAUAUUACAGCUUUUUGGUGUCAUGUUAGUAUCCAUUGAGACCAAAACUAGAGAAAAUUACGGCGCCGGGCUACUUCAUUUUCACCAAUAUUGUGACUCGAGACACAUUCCUGAGGCUCGCCGCAUGCCAGCAUCAGAUUUUCUACUCGCAUCUUUUAUUGCCUCUUGGGCCGGAAAGGUAGCCGCAACCACAGCACAAAACUGGUUGGCCGGACUACACUUCUGGCAUAAUCUUCACGGUGCUCCAUGGUUUGGACAUAGCAUCCUUCAUUCAGCUUCCGCUGGUCUCAGAAACCUUGUUCCAGACUCAUUGAAACGACCCCGUCGUCCCCCGGUUACCUUAGAACAUAUGCACGCACUGUUUCAUGGUCUUGAUCUCUCCAACACAUUUGACGUGUCUGUCUUCGCUGUCGCAUGCACAGCCUUUUGGUCUUGCUGCAGACUCGGCGAACUUAUUGUUGUUAGUUCCAACAUUUUUGACCCUUCUCGUCAUGUCACUCGUUCCGCUCCCUUUGCUCGCUGUUCACCAUCAGACGGAACCAAAUACUCCGUUCUUCACAUUCCCUGGAUGAAGACUUCGCAUGUGGAGGGAGCCGACGCUAUUUUAUCCAAUCUUGACAACAUAAUGAAUGCAUUCACGGCUGUUGACCAUCAUCUUGCCGCCAACACGGACGUUCCAUCUAACGCACCCUUCGCAUAUGAAACUGCGGACGGCAAAUGGGCCACAAUGACAAAGCCGUGGUUUCUGGCAUGA